AUGAGCGUGCGCGGCGCGAAGCAUGCCAUCAGCGGAAAUAGUGCGGGUCUUCUGCAUCUAGAAGCGCCUUUCACCGCAUUGGAACCCCUUCAAGUCUUACGGUGGCCGGGGCUGAUAGCAGGAUUUAUCUGGUCGUCGAGGAUCGAGACGUUCAUGCUGGUGAGGGCAAUAGCCACCACCCUGUCCCCGCUUGUGGCAGCAGUCACUGACGCUAUUGGGCUUGAGUGGGAAACCAAGCCUGUCAAUUGGGAUAUAAGUAUGCCCAAAGCCAGCCAACUGUGGUUGACGUCCCCUGAAGGGCGGUUUCCUCUACGAAAGAAGAAAUGGGGGAUAUUUCUUCAAGCUCCGGACGGCGUUCAUCGGAAUACCGUGGCUGAACCGACCCAUUGCCAGUGGAGAAGCAGCAAGCAAGCUAAGGCGACGGCUUUUAUCUUCCAUAAAACGGGACGGCUUCCGCUGUCAAUCGAGGACAGCCCAUCGUUGGUAUUCAGAACCUUCAAACUAAUUGCAUGCGUAUAUUGCACGCCUACUGGCACAGUGGACCUAUUAAAUCCCCGACGCAACGACUUCUUAAUCGCAAAGCUAUCCUCUCGUAGUGGGCAGGUGACUCUUUUCAUGCAAUACCCUGAGCCCAGUUUGCCCCGCAGAAAUGAAGUGGACUCUUUGGAAAUUGCUUUUACCACUGUGCUCGCGUCAUUGGCCCGCCAGGGAAACUUCCGGAAAGAGCAUGCCGCUAUAUUUGUGUUUCUGAAGCAGCGAAACGCCUCCUCUAAUAUGAGAAAUGGCGGAGGGAUGGAAAAUUCGCGUCCGAACUGCAUGUAUAUCGAAGUAGUCGAAGGGGCACAGUCUUUCAGUACCUCCGCCGCUUACGAUCUCCUUCAAUAUAUUUAUGCCCAAGGAUCUCUCACUUGCGACCUCUUCAAGAUUGGCGGAACCCUCCAGUGAAGUGUAUCCCUCUUUAAACGCUCGCUGCCCAACAGAUGAGCUGUCGUCGGAAUCUUUCCAUAGAACCAGCUUGCAAUGACUUCACUAUUCGAAUCCGAUUAUGGGACAGUGG